ACUGGGAGGGAGUGGGGGAGCAAGGCCCAGUACCAGGCAGCCACUGCCCCGUGGCUCUGAGGGGGUGGGGAAGGCAAACCCUGGUCACCCCUUGGUCUGUAGCCCUUUUGUGUAUGUGCCUGGCAAGGGCAAUGUGGGACUGUUCCUGCAGGCACAGCUGCAGCAGCGGCCAGGGUGGAGGCAGGGCCUGGACAGCACUGCCCUCCCAGAUCCUUCCUCAGGCUUUUUCAGUGGUAGGGGAUAUGCACCCCAAGCGCCUCUGCUUGGCCUGACCCCUCUGCAGGGUCUCUGUCCCCAAUAACAGCGGAGAUGGCAAGUUUAUCGAGCUCCUCUCUGCCCAGCUGCUUCCUCUCCCUCCUCUUCCUCCUCCUCCACCUGUCUUCCAGCUAUGCAGGACAGUUCAGAGUGAUAGGACCAAAGCACCCCAUCCGGGCUCUGGUCGGGGAUGAAGUGGAAUUGCCAUGUCGCAUAUCUCCUGGGAAGAAUGCUACAGGCAUGGAGGUGGGGUGGUACCGCCCGCCCUUCUCUAGGGUGGUUCAUCUCUACCGAAAUGGCAAGGACCAAGAUGGAGAGCAGGCACCUGAAUAUCGGGGCCGGACAGAGCUGCUAAAAGAGACUAUUAGUGAGGGAAAGGCGACCCUCAAGAUCCGGAACGUAAGGUUCUCAGAUGAAGGAGGUUUCACCUGCUUUUUCCGAGAUCAUUCUUACCAAGAGGAGGCAGCAAUGGAAUUGAAAGUGGAAGAUCCCUUCUACUGGAUCAGCCCCGGGGUGCUGGUUCUCAUCGCGGUGCUGCCUGUGCUCCUCCUGCAGAUUGCUGUGGGCCUCGCCUUCCUCUGCCUGCAGCGCAGACUGAGAGGAAAACUUCGAGCAGAGAUAGAGAACCUCCACCGGAAUUUUGAUCCCCACUUUCUGAGGGUGCCCUGCUGGAAGAUAACCCUGUUUGUAAUUGUGCCGGUUCUUGGACCCCUCGUUGCCUUGAUCAUCUGCUACAACUGGCUGCAUCGAAGACUAGCAGGGCACUUUAUUGAAGAGCUAAGAAACCCCUUCUGAGUGAUGUCGCAUCUUCGCGGGGCUGGAGAGCCUGGUUGUCUCAUCCAUCAAGCUGCACACUCACUGGCCUCUCUGCUAUGGGACAUUCCAAUCUGCACUUCCAGGAACACUUUGAAUUCCAAAUAUAAUUGAUUUUCCAUCUU